AUCUACAUAACAGCAUGGGAUUUUGCAGUCAAAAGCAUGAUGAUUUGAAGCUCAGAAGUCCAAUGCAUUGUGCAGCACAAAUAUCAACGUUAGAAGAUGACCUGAAGCUAAGCAGUGAUGAAGAUGACUGUAUUCAGCCAGCAACCCAGGGACAAGCCAUCGGACUCCAAAAUGACAGUGGUGACGUUCAGAAAUGCAGUAACACUGUCUCAGCAGUCUCCAUCAAAGGGUCAAGCAGCUCGAGUGAAACUGACACCAGCUCCGAAUCAGACUCUGAGAGUAGUUCCAGCGAAAGUGAGAGCAGCAAGCCAUCUGCAUGUACCAGCCCUGAGACUCAGCACACAACUGCAAACAAAUGGCAGCUGGAUAAGUGGUUGAACAAGGUCAAUCCAAACAAGAAUACCAUUCUCAAUCAGUCAUCAAACCUAAAUCAUGGAGGAGUAAAUCAAGGUGAACAGGGCUGUAAGAAGGUAUCUCAGGCUGAUCAGACAUGUCCAAGUCACAGAGAUGACAGGAGCCCAGUCAGAGAAGACCGGAGUGUUAAAGCACCGCGCACUGUUAUAGGAAACAGAGGUGUGAAGCUUCGACCACCGCCACCUGUUGCACGUGCUGCUACAGUUGUGGUUGCCGUUCCCACUGAAAACACAUCUGGAAGGACACCAGCAGUGUGCAGAAAGCUUACAAGGAGGAUAGAGAGGACAUCUAGUGGUGAUAAUCUGAACUGCCACAAGCUAGAUGAUCAUACUCUCAGCCAAGGAAUUCUUGGGAGUGAAAUAUCUGAACAAACGAAGUUGACUUGUUAUAGCAGAGAAUUGCAUAGAAAGGAAUCUAGAGCAACUCUGCUUGAUCACAAAAGUAGGCGAACUCAAAUUACUAGAUCUGUUCCUAAAUUCAAAAGGGAUAUUGGCCUCUCAUUGCAACUUUCUGAACACAGCACAGAAACAGAACCAGACAUACCUCCUUUUUGUAAAAAUAACUCUGCUUUUACAUCAGAAGGAAAUCACAGGAAUAAUGAGUGUGGACGUACUAAUAUAAACCAAGGUAGUCCUUAUAGCACACAACAUUUUAUUAGUAGGAGGACUACAAUUGACGUUGCCCCUGAGCUGGAAGAGCACUUUUAUACUCUAGUUCCUUUUGGGAGAAAUGAAUGCUCAACAAAGGACCACAAUGAUAUCAAGUCAUUAUGGGUUCAGAUUGAUUUAAUGCUUUUGUCAAGAAUUCCACACUGUGUUCCUCAGGUGAACCUCAAUAUGAAUAACAGCUCAGAGAAGAUACCAACUUCAUCACAAAGUAAAUGUUUACUCCAAGUGAGAGAGAACCCUUUAUUGAAAAUGCGACGGAAACGUAAGUGUGAAAGUGAAGGAUCUCAGGAGAUGAAGAAGAACCCUGUGGAAAAGGAAGAUAGUCUACAAUUUCCAGUUGAGAGUAAUUAUACAGCAAACAGCCAGAGCUUAGAACUCGACAGCUUUGAGAUGACUCUAUCAAAACCAGGGAAAUGUCUAUCUCCGUUACCUUCUCUUCCUGAUGAGCCUAAACCAAAAUGCACAAUUGAGGACAUUUCUUCUGUAAAUAAAUGUGAUAGAGAUAUCAUGUCAACCAACACUUCUUGCAAUCGACAUCAACAAGAAAAGCACUCACAUUCUCGACAGAGAUCACAACUAUCAAACAAUACAAGUUCUGUGUUGAAUAAAGACGACUCAAAUUUGAACCUUUGCUCACCUGCACAGAAUGGACAUACAGAUCCAAGGCUAACAAAGCAGUUGCAUAGCACAAGAGUUCGCAAUGCAGAUUACUUUAUGCAGGAAGCUAAGCGAAUGAAGCAUAAAGCAGAUGCCAUGGUGGACAAAUUUGAAAAAGCGCUGAACUAUACAGAAGCAGCCCUGGCUUUUAUUGAAUGUGGAAAUGCUAUGGAACAUGGACCAGUGGAAUCUAAGUCUCCCUAUACAAUGUACUCAGAGACAGUAGAACUUAUAAGAUAUGCCUUGAGGCUGAACUCACAUUUGAGUCACAGUACGACUUCUCAGGACAAGAAAAUUACAGCUCUAUGCUAUCGUUGUCUGGCUCUUCUGUACUGGAGAAUGUUUCGCCUCAAAAGGGACCAUGCAGUGAAGUAUUCUAAAGCUCUUAUUGAUUAUUUUAAGAAUUCAUCUAAAGGACCACGAGUACCAUCACCAUGGAGUGCCAAUGGAAAGACCACAGGAACUUCCUCACCAAUGUCCCCCACUCCAUCUCCAGUGAGCUCUCAAGGAAGUAUCUCCAGUUCUGGUGCCACCAGCUCUAGUUCUUCUAUUAUAAGCAUUCCCCAGCGAAUUCACCAGAUGGCAGCCAACCAUGUCAGUAUUACAAACAGUAUCCUGCACAGCUAUGACUACUGGGAAAUUGCUGAUAAUCUUGCCAAAGAAAACACAGAGUUCUUCAAUGAGCUUGAUUCAUUAGUGGGACUGAUAACACUGCAUAGUUCAAUGGAGCACUUGGUCCAAUAUACCCGACAAGGACUUUCCUGGAUACGACAUAGUUCACGUCAUGUUGUGUAGUGGAUUUUUACCACUGAACGGCUACUUUUCCAGGUAUUAAGUUUAAGAACAGCUCCACCACUUUCAGCACUACUUUGCAAUUCUGUAAAUCACUCAUCAGCAUUGGACAGAUUUUAUAUACAGUAUAUAUAUAUACAGUCAUGUGAAAAAAUUAGGA